CUCCCGCCCAAUGAUUUGUGUGAGACAAGCGAAAAGCAUUUUGGGUAACUUUGAAAGAUGGCGGACGACGCUGAGCAGCAACAAACCACCAACACCGUAGAAGAGCCUCUGGAUCUGAUCCGGCUGAGUCUGGAUGAGCGGAUCUACGUGAAGAUGCGAAACGACAGAGAACUGCGCGGCAGACUGCACGCCUAUGACCAGCACUUGAACAUGAUCCUCGGAGAUAUUGAAGAGACAGUGACGACUGUGGAAAUCGAUGAGGAGACGUAUGAGGAGAUUUAUAAGUCGACGAAGCGGAACAUCCCCAUGCUGUUUGUUCGAGGAGAUGGAGUUGUGUUGGUGGCUCCGCCGCUGAGGGUCGGAUAACUAACUUCCUCGAGUUGUACACAACUUACCUUCACAGUUAUGCUUUGGACUCUAGAUUCUUCAAGUGGAUUUUGAAGUGGAUGACGUUUUUCGUUUUUGGAACCACAGAGCUGUAAAUCUGUUUAUUUUGCAAAGCUGACCUUUCGCUUGACGUUUUGGAAACCCGUAAUGGCAGGUCAUUUGCGCAGUAUGUUUUGUAACUGUCAUUAAAAUGAUUGAAGUUCCGAUUUUUUUCAAAUGGCUUUCACUAAUGUAAUAAAAUCUUUGUUAUGGUU